AUGAGUUCAGUGCCAGGUAACGUAAAUAGGUCCGAAGAGCAGCGGAAACGUCCCACUUUACAGAAUAUUGCAACCAAAGAGAAACCAAAAGAAAUACACACUCGGAAAUCCGAUGUACUAGAAAUAGCUGUAACAGCGAUGUCUAAGGCCAAUAGAUUAUAUCAGGACGCUAAGUUGCAGCUAGAGCAGUCUGGAAACUUAAAGACUUCCAUAAAAGAGACGGUGGUAAAUAACCUUUCUGAACUCUUUGGAAUCGUAUUACAGUUAAACGAAGAAAGGCAGACUCUACUCCUACAAUUGGAGAAAGCUCGUAUACAACUUAAAGACGAUCUACUUAGGCAAGAAAAACAGUAUGUAGAGAGCCCUAGAGCACUAAUGGAUCAGGGUAGUAUAAGAGAUAUUCAGUCUGCUCUCACCGAAACAGUGAGUGAUAUGAGAACCCUAACGGACUCAUUGAAGCACACGAUGGGCAAUGACACCUUAUUGGAUAAACAUACUUUUAUGGGCAAAUCGGAGGAUACUAGAAGGGAACUGAUGGAAAUAAAAGAAGAAUUAUCAUCCCUAAAAGACCAAAUGGGUGGACUUCGAGAGUCUUUGGUUAUAAGCGAAACAAAUGAACCCACAUAUGCCAGCAUAGCUGGUCGACCUAAGGCCAAAAUAAACAAAAUGGCGGACAAACCAAAGAAAACAGCAACUGGCAGUACAGAUAAACCACCUUCAAUCAAAAGGAAAACUGUGACAAAAGCCAUAAAGGGCUCCGGCCAAGUUCAUACCGAUAUAGACACAAAGACAGCAGAGUUACCAACUCAGGAAACACAGGGUGAAAAGGUUUUGAACCUCUUGGAAAUAGAGGAAGCCGAAAAACUGCACCACCAGACAGGGUGGAGUGCAGAAAAGGAUGAACAGGGACCGCAGACCUCAGACUUGCUUCACUCUUCACCAAAUCUCGACGAGGCAACAUCAUCAUCUCCUGUGUUAUCAAGGACUGGUGCAAGCCUCUUACGAAUACGCACACAGAUUAAACAGGCGAGGGCUGCAGAAGCCAAAGAAGCCCUAAAAACGUUGUCGGAGACUGAAGACACCGCAGAGUCGGAUAUUGACAGUGGAGACACUAACACGUCCCUCAAUACUUCCACGAGGUCGAUUGGAGGAAACCGGAUGCUCCUUAAUGAUUUGCCCAGACAUGCCAAUGAAGUGCUGCAAAGAACGAAGGCAGAGUUGGAAAAAUCUGGAAAUCUAAAGAGGGAAAUCCGGGAAAGUGUCGUCUCGGGGAUGUAUACAUUAUAUGAAAUGGUCCUCAAAUUGUCUGAUUCGAGAAUUUUACACAUUCUUGAAUCCAGCAAACAAAAACUAAAUGUCUCACGUGAAUCAGAAAGGCUCACACAAAGGCAUGCAAGGUUCAUGCACGAGACUUUAGGACAAUAUGCUAACUUAAAAGAGAACGUAGAAAAGCUUUUGAAAGAAACAGAAUCUACCCGAUCAAUUGUCUCGUAUGACCUUUGUGAGGCGGUAACGGCAACAAAGAAAGAAAUCGUGAAUGUACGUAAAGAAAUCACCCUAGGUUCAUCCAUCUCGAGUCAGAUGCAAUUCUUGAUGGAGGAACUAAAGCAACUUCGGGCGAACACCGACACCCUUAAGAACCCUACUCGUCAAGAAAUUGACUUAUCUCGCUUCGCCGAAGAGCUGCAGGAACUCCGUCAGGCGGUUAGAGAACUCACCAAAGAUAGGGUAAUCCCGCAGACACAAAGUAGUGAACACAGCCCAGAGAUACCAAACCAAGAGAUGUUAUCGGAAAAACAUCACAAAAAAUUUAUCGAGGAACUUCAGGAUCAUAUCUCAGAAAUCAAAGCACAAAUAACAGCAGAGGUAGCAGAAUUAAGGCACGAAAUCCUGAAGAUAACGAGAGAUAUCAAAGGAAUAACUGAUGCCUCAUUCAAUUCUCAGCUACCCUCAGUCCAGGCAAACCUGGAAGAACUGAGAAGAGAGACGAGAGAACUGCGAGACACCACGGUGGAUUCAGCAGCUCCAAUUAGAGUUGCAAUAGAGAGCCUCAGAAAAGAGCUAAAGAACCAACCAGGUGUAAAUGAAGCAGACUUCACUGGUAACAACUCUCAACUAAAAGGGGAUGAUAUAAACGAUUACGAGAAAAGAGAUCAAGCAACAGUAUUCAAGCAUAAAAGCUUCACACGUACAUUCUCAGAGGUGGUGAUGAAGCCGCAUUAUCCGGUGAUAGUGGAAUCGGCUGACCCUAGGAACACUAGCGAUGAUAUCAUAAAACAGAGAUUCACAGCUGCACAAAACAUCUCCCGGUUAGCGAAGGACAUUAUAACCUGCAUCCAAAAUGGUAAAAGUGUUACAGCUGAAAGGAAAAGCAGCAUUAUCAACAUGGCUAAUGAAAUAAUGCAGUUAUCAACUCGUAUUGAGGCUACUUCUGGAAGCGCCGAUUGUGGAGAAAUUCAGAGCAUCCUGAAGGGGUGCAUUAAAGAGGAACUGGCGAUAUUAAAAACAGAACUGAAGCAGCCUUCUUAUGCCCAUAUUGUAAAAACAACACCUGCUAUACAGAAAGCUCCCGAACAGCGACGCACUAAGCAUUCCCUUAUUGUAACUGCCAAGACAGAUACCAAGAAGGAAACCGUGGAGGCCUGGCAGUUUGACACUGCGGAACAACGGGAUUACGUUAUUAAAAAUAUCAAUGAGAGUGAAAGUAAUGUGACUGUUCAAGCUGCUAAAAAAUUGAGACCCAUGAUUCAACUAAAAGGCAUUUCAAAAGACGUCCCAGUCGACGAACUCUAUACAAACAGAAAGGAAUGUGUUAAUAAUUUUAAUUUUCUCAAUUUCGUGCAAUGCAAUCUUGGACGUUGCAAGGAAGCGCAACACGAGUUUUCUUUAUUUUUGAGAGAAAAUGACAUUCACGUGGCCCUAAUAAAUGAACCCUAUCUAGGAGAAACAAACUUAAUGAAAAAAGUUGAUGGAUACACAAUAUACCAGUUCCAAUCAAAUCGACCUGUUAAAGCAUGCAUAUUGAUAAAAGAAAAUUCAUUUAGCACCCUCGGUAUUUCAGAAUACUCCAACUCUAACUGUUCAAUAGUACGAAUAAAUAAGGCGGGCAAACAAAUAUACCUCAUAAGUGUAUACAUAGAACCACGUAACGAUAUAUAUGACACCAUGAAUCAACUCAAACUGUUCCUAGAAAACACAAAAGAAGCGCGUCACAUAAUUGGAGGUGACUUUAACGGCUGGCACUGCCUUUGGAACUCUAAAUCAAACAACAGAAGGGAUCAUAAUGGCAUUGAAUUUAAAUUACAUCUAGAUGACCGUAGCAUAAAGAAAAACAAAAGACUGUCAACCUUUAGAUACCACACCACCCGUAUAAAUUGGGACAACAUAGAGGAAAACUUCAAAAAAGAAAUCAAUAAAGCACUUCCAACACAAGAAAAUAUAUGCAAAUUAGACACAGUGCAAUUAGAAAAAUUUAUAGUAAAUAUGACACUAGCAAUACAAAAUGCAUGCAAUGUAACUUUGCCUCGGGCUUUAAGCAAAAAAUCACAAAAUCCUUGGUGGUCGACAGAACUAGAAAAUAUGAAAAAGGAGCUCAUAAAGAAACACCACACAAUUCAUCAACUUAAACGUCGAAGCCUACCGCUAACGGAAGCUAUAGAUGAGCGUAAUAAAUUGAAAGCGGAAUACUCUGAAGCAUUAAAAAAUGCAUCAAUCUUAAACUUCAAAGAAUUCUGCAAUAAACAGGGAAAAGACGAUGUCUGGUCACUGACCAAUAAAUUACUUAAAACCAAACCUCUUACUCAACCACCAUCGACUGUAAAAUUAAGAAACGGUUACUAUACUGUAAAUACUACCGAGGCGGCAAACGUAUUUCUAAACGAAUACUUCCCUGAUGACACACCUGAUGUGACAGAACAGCAGCGUGAAGCAAGAUCACUCAUGGAAAUUUCUCCAAAGACCACUCCUGACCCGUCAUUCACCACUGAAGAGAUCUUGGACUGCCUCGGAACUAUGAAUCCCAACAAGUCACCAGGGCCCGACCAUCUAACAAAUUUAGAGCUUUUACAGAAUAAAACCAAUCAAGCUUUAGAGAUGAUCACCCAAUGGGGAUUUAAUGCAAAAUUAACGUUCGGACCUCAAAAGACGCAGGCAAUAGCGUUCACUAACAAAGCUGAGAAAUGCGUAUUAAAAAUCAAUAAUCAACAAGUACACUUUAAAAAUACAAUUAAGCUCCUUGGCAUCACCAUUGAUAAAAAACUGAAUUUCACACAGCACGUAAAAUCCAUUAUUGAUAAAGCACAAAAUAUAUAUCAAAAACUCAUUAGAUUCGUCAGACCUACGUGGGGUAUACAUGGAGAUAAUAUAACAAUAAUAUAUAAACAAGUAAUUGAACCGAUCAUCUGUUAUGCAUCUAGCAUAUGGCAUGAUGCAAUAAAAUUUGAAUGUGUCCGGAAAAAACUCUUGUCGUUACAAAGAGGUUUUGCCAUAAAAAUAGUUCGUGGUUUCCGAACUCUUAGUACAGCAGCAUCCAUUUCACUAGCUAACUUAACACCCUUGCCUGCAAAAAUUUUAGAAACUGCUGAAAUUGAAAACACAAGAAUAACAGGAAUAUCAAAAUUUUUGCCACAAGAUAUCACACUUGACGGACCAGUGCAACCUUCAACAAUUCUUCAUCCAGCGAAUAGAGUUAAAAUAAAUUUCAAUAUAGCUUCAGAACAGGAACAUAUAGUAGAACACGUACCUCCAGGCAGUUACCAAAUAUAUACUGACGGCAGCAAAACAGACGGAAAUGUUGGAGCAGCAUUUGUAGUAUAUGGCCCGCAACAGAGAAAAGUAGUUAAAAAAAUUUAA